CCGGACUAUUGUUACACUAAUACGCGUUUCAUCCUUACAUUUACCUCCAUUCUAUAUUUCUGCACGUCUCGGCUCUAACCACAUAGCACAGUCAUAUCCAUGACCUUCCCACGCUCCACAGAUAUUGCAGCUUACGCUGCUUCAAAUUUCACCGUCUACAGAGGUGAUAUGAUUCAUACCCCGCGCUUGGGGACGCUCGAAGUGAUUGAAAACGCAUGUGUCGGGGUGGACCAUGACGGCACGAUUCGCUUCGUUUCUACCGGUGAAAACUACGUUGAAGAAGCCCAGAAGUUCAACGCCGCCUUAAAGGUGGAUACCAUCUCCGUAUGCGAGCUUGGUGCCAAGACCGGCAGUUUCUUCUUCCCGGGAUUCAUUGAUACACACAUCCACGCCCCACAAUACCCGAAUGCGGGGAUCUUCGGCGAGUCCACUCUCUUGAACUGGUUGACCACAUAUACAUUUCCCAUGGAAUCGUCCAUAAAAGACUUGAAGCUUGCCAAUGUGGUGUACAAUAAGGUUUUAAACAAGACGUUGGCCAAUGGGACUACGCUUGCCGCGUACUACGCCACGCUCGACCCGGACGCCACCAACCUAUUGGCCGAUUUGUGCUUGCAAAAAGGCCAGAGGGCCCUCAUCGGUCGUGUUUGCAUGGAUUCCAACUCCCCGGACUACUACGUGGAGACCUUAGAGCAGUCAAAGAAAUCCACCACCCAAGUCAUUGCCCAUGUGGAACAGAGAGACCCUUUGGGGGAGCUCGUCCAGCCGAUCCUCACUCCGAGAUUUGCGCCUUCAUGCUCCUCUGAUUUGAUGCAUUGGUUAGGUGAGCUCAGAGAAGCCAAGGAUAUGCUCUGCCAAACGCAUAUCUCGGAAAAUGCCGGUGAAAUCCAGUGGGUUAAGGGGUUGUUUCCAGAAAGCGACUCGUACGCUGGCGUCUACGACGACCACAAGUUGUUGUCUGAUAAAACCAUCCUUGCGCACGCCAUCCACCUUUCCGAUGCGGAAAAGGAUAUCAUCGCUACCAGAGGCUGUGGUAUCGCGCACUGCCCGAUCUCCAACUCCUCCAUCACGUCUGGUGAGGCCAGAGUGAGGUGGUUGUUGAAUUCGAAGAUUCCGGUGGGCUUGGGUACUGACAUUUCCGGGGGCUACUCUCCGUCUAUUUUGAGCACCGCCAGACAAGCGUUAUUGGUAUCGAGGCAUCUUGCGAUGAAGAGCUUGCAGGACAAUGACAAGUUGACUGUAAACGAGGUGUUGUACUUGGCCACUAUGGGUGGGGCCAAGGUCUGCUCUAUGGAGAACAAGGUGGGAUCAUUUGAAGUGGGCAAGAAGUGGGACGCUCAGUUGGUUGAUUUGAACGUGGAGAACUCCCCAGUCGACUUGUUUGAGUGGCAGGUGCCACAGAACUCGUCGGUCGUGGGCAACUUCCCGACCGCGACCAAGUUUGAGAACAUGGUGGCCAAGUGGUUGUUCAACGGGGACGACAGAAACACUGUUUCAGUGUGGGUCAACGGGAGAAACGUCGUGAACAAGAUCUGUUGAGGGAUGAUAAUUAAUUGUAUUUUAAUGAGAAUAUGCGUUGGAAAGUGAGCUUAUAUGGGCUGGUAGCGAAAGGG